CCUGCACUACCUGUAAAGCCGGCUCCACACGCUUGCUGUUUGUCGCAAACGCCAAACAGCGAACAGCGAAUACCAAACACCAAACACAAACAUCCAACACAAACAACUGUCCUCAAGCUUGGCGAACGGGCCAGUAUAUUUCGGAUCGUCAAACAUGGCUGACGACGAGCUUGUGGCAGCUAUUAGUUUCGGGUUGACUUAUCUUUAUUUUAAAUUCAAGCAAAAGAACAGUGAAGUGAAAAGAAGAAAACGAAGACGAUGGUGGAUGAUCAAAAUUCACAAAAAUCGUACAAGGUAACUGCAGUCUCGUACCUAGUAAUACAAAAUAGCAUUUAAUUACAGCGUGUUCAAUUUUACGUUUUUUUUUUGUUUUAGAAAAUUUAUGGACGAAAAAUUUUGUGAGCUUCUUCAUGAACCAUCAGGAGAGUUCCAUAACUUCUGCCGUAUGAGUUUUGCAGAUUUUGAAUAUUUGCUAGACAAAAUUUCUCCUCUAAUUUCGAAGCAAGAUACGGACUUUAGAGACGUCAUACCAGCAAAAUAUCGUCUAGCGAUAACAUUAAGAUUCAUCGCAACUGGUGACAGUUACAAAAGUUUACACUAUUUAUUCAAAGUAUCAACGCAAAUAAUAUCAAAAAUAGUAAAAGAAGUCUGCAAAGCUAUUAAUGAAGUUCUGAGGAAUGAAAUAAAGAUGCCACCAACAGCAGAUGCGUGGAUGACUAUAGAACGAGGAUAUCGAAGAAAAUUCCCACACUGUCUCGGUUCUAUAGAUGGGAAACAUAUUCUUAUAGAAAGUCCACCUCAUAGCGGAACUGAGUAUUUUAAUUAUAAGAAAACGUUUAGCAUCGUUCUUUUGGCAUUAGUAGAUGCCAAUUACAAAUUUAUAUUUGCAGACAUAGGAUGCCAAGGGAGAAUAAGUGAUGGAGGCGUUUUUAAUAAUUCAUUACUAUGGCAGAAAAUCAGUAAAACUGAAAUUGAUUUUCCUUCAGCAUGCCCCCUUCCUGGAUCGGAAAUUAAUGUGCCAUACGUUUUCAUAGGAGAUGGUGCUUUUGCACUGAGCAUGCAUGUUAUGAAACCCUACCCAGGACAGCAUAACGUCGGUUCACCAAAAAGAAUAUUCAAUCAAUGUUUAUCUAGAGCUCGAGUAGUAGUGGAAAACACGUUUGGAGUUUUAACUUCAAUAUUAUUACAAUAAUCGAAAAUUAUACCAGUGUUUAAUUUGGGGAAUAAGCGUAGCAGACGUAGCAGUUACAUAGAAAAACAAUUACUAGGUUCAUAUGUUCAGGUAGCUAUGAAAGUUCGUUUUUAUUUUAUGUAGUUACUUAUGUCAUGUCAUUAAACAGAAUGUAUAAAAAAGAGCGAGUUUAAUAUACCUACUCAAGCAACGACGAUGAAUAAAUUAUCUUUUACUUACCUCCUCUGUGUUUAUAUUUUUUGUGCAGGUAUACACCGGACCCAAAAAUGACUCCAUGACCUCAUAUGCAAACCAGAUAGGCUUAUAAGUAUCAUCCGCGCCUGAAACAAAAAAUUGAUUUGUUCAAAUUCAAGUAAGAAUAUAUGUAUAUUGGAAUAGAGCAACACGCAUUGAUUCAGCGCGGUAGGUUAUAUGGGAGUUAACCUCACACACUGUCUUAGGAGGGUCGGUCAUACUACUGCAAUGGCAACAUUUUGUAAGCCUAUAUUUGUUGAUAAUAAUAGUCAAAACUUACCUGCACCAGAACGAAUGGAGUCCUGUUUUCUCUUCAAAUGUCUUCGGAACGUAGCCAUUAAUAUUUC